CCGGGGGUGGGGGGGUACGAGCCGUACUUAUUGCAUUUUUUACUAAACUUAUACUUUAACCCCUCGGUCCAAACUUAUUUGUUUUAUUAGAAAAAAAAAUACCCUAGCUUUAUGUGCAAAAAUAUCAGUCCUAUUUCUUUACGCUGAUUUUAUAUGAUUUUUUUUCUAUCGAAAUUUUGAGAAUCUCAAUAAUUCUCUUGGUAUACCUCGCGUGUAGCAAACGUGCUCCACAAUUUCGCUUCGCUCGCUUCGCUCGCAAAGCUCAAUUGCUUCGCAAAAAGUUCAUUAUUUUUGAAAUUUUCAUUAUUUGUGUAAAGAAAUCUCACUUAACUUAUGAUAAAUUAUCCAGCAGUCAUUUUCAUUAUCUUUACCCAAUUGAAUUCAAAAUGUGUAUGAUCUAGAUUUCAUCACCACAGUUAUUUCCAGAAGCAUCCCUGGGAACAAACAAGGUUUAGGGUUUUUAUUUUAUUUGCUAAUUUAUGUACUUAUACUAUGGAACUUCUAGAACCUUGUGUUACGUGCUGCUUCGAUCAACAAACUGUGGGACAAUUAUCAUCUUUUAUCUUGUUUUACAAAUCUCAGGUGGUAACAUAAUGAAUAAUUAAAUUUCCCCCGUGUGUUUUCGAAUAUCUAGGACAAAAAACUGUGACGUAAUUUCCAUUUGCCUAACAAGCAAUCCCAUAAUUAUGUGUAGGGUUCUGAGCAAACAUGCAUCAUCUUGAUAUUGAUAUAUUUAUUCAUGUUUAAAUGUGUAUCCCUUUACAGGUAAAAAUUACUGAUCAACAAUAUCUGGUCUGGAGUUUUUUAAACAUAUUGUAACUUGGGGGUUCUGAUAGCAUUAAAAUAAAGUCGAAACUUAACAGGUGGCAAGGUAAUGAUACGCGAUCCAAUUAAUUUUAUCUAAAUUAUAUUGAACAUUAAUAUAAAACUGAACAGAUUUUUGAUAAUUUCCUUUCGAUAAAAUGUCUUUAGAGAGUGAAGACAGAGUUGAACUCGCUGCUGUUACAGUUAUUAUUACAACAACUAAAAAUUUUAGAAAACGUUAGAAACGGAGUGUGUUAUUUGUUACUUUUCUGUUAAUAAGGUUCAUUCACUGAUAAAAAUCUUGUUGAUUUCUGUUUUAUCCUUUUUUGACAACAUGAUGUGUUUAAAGUUUCUCUAAUGUUUAUUUUUUGUAUAGAAACUCACAUUUUUCUAAAGCGCAUUUGAUGUACAGAUUUUAAGCAUUUUGAUUGGCUAAAAACCUUUCGAUUAAUCAAAAAAGUUGAACUCGACUAAUCGAAUUCGAUUAUUUGGAUCGUGUAUCACCGCCUUAACUUUGUAAAGAUAAGAUGUUUUUUUUAUAUAAUCUUUAUAAAUCAAAAUAAAAAUAUAAUAUAUAUAUAUAUAUAUUCUAAAGUGUUUAUAUAUAUAUAUAUAUUCUAAAGUCUAAACUUUUUGAAAUUUUUGCCCAACUACUGUAGACAACUGCCUUAUGUAGGGAUCAAACCCAUGCUCUUUUGGACAUGAGUUAAAUGCUCCACAGACAGAGUUGAGUCAAAUGCUCCGCAGACAGAGUUACCAAUCCAAAAUUUGAUUUGACGUUUUAAUGAACUUAGAGUUUUUGUAUAUAAAAUGUUACAGUUGAGUUAUUGUUGACAUUUUAUAAUUAAGAAUGACAAAUGAAAAUGUAAAACAUAUUCACCAUAGUCAUGAACUGUAUUUAUGUAUAUAGUCAAUUACCAAAGUUAUUUUUUUAGAUAUUAUCAAUUAUUUAGAGUAUAAACUAAAUAUGAUCAACCUUUUUUGCUUCUUGAUAAUACUGCAAGGUAUUUUGGUUUUUCUUAAAAAACAAAAGAGUGUUCAAAUAACCCCCAACAUUAAUAUAAGUCACAAAAUUAUAAUUUCUGUAAAAACAGGAUUUCAAUGUCUGAUUGUACUUUAAAUCCCAAUGAUCAAAACAAUUAAAAAAUAUAUAUAUCAUAGUAAAUAUUAUGUUAUAGCUUUGUAGUUUGUAGUAUGAGUUAUAUAAUUAUUUGAAUGACUUAAUAACAUACACAUAUAAAGUAGAAAACAAGAUUCUUAUAAAUAAAAACUUAUCAAUAACAAAAUAUUCAACGUUGACUCAUAAUCCAAUUGUUAGUAGUACUCAAGGACAUAGAUAGAUAGAUGUGCAUAUUUUACAUGGCUAGCUGUUACUUUAAAUGUGACAAAUGUUAUUUUCAAAAGAAUAAGUUUGUGUGUUCCAGAAACAAAUGCAAUUAUAAAUGUUAAAAAUUACAACAUGACAAAUUCAAAGUUUGCUCAAUUUAAUAUCACAAAGAAUAUUAAUGUUAGUUUGCAUCUUUCUGGCUGUAUUUUUUUAACAAUUCUGCUGGUGUAUAUGCAGCUGCAUAUAGAAGUUUAACAUUGACUAGCAAAUAUUGCAACUUUGAAGGAGACCCAGUCACCACAUUUAAUACAAUUGGUUUAAACAUUGCUGCUAAAAAAUGAUAGUAAAACACAUUCGUUUUUGCAAAAUACCACCUUUCAGUAUUUGCAUUCAGCCAUUGGUUUGGUCUUUAAUUCAACCCCUAAAAAUCAUUUUAUUUAUCUUGAAGGAUGCAACUUUGUUGAAAACUACCCAAGGCAAAUUUUUUAUCAUAAUCAAUUUACCUAUUAUGGUUCAAAUAUUGAAAUAUUGGGACCUGUGCUGUUGUUACAAUGACAUUUUGCAACUUUAGUGGGAAUGUUGCUAAAUCAGGUGGUGCAGUACACUUAAAAGAUGUCAAUGAAGCAGGUUUUUUUAAGUGUUCUAUUUUAAACAACACUGCAACUAUACAGGGUGGAGCAUGUUUUUUUGAAAAUUCAUCAAAAACUAUCAUUAUACAAAACUGUACAUUUGUAAAUAAUACUGCUAUGAAAACAUCAUAAGUAUGAAGACUGGUCUUGGGGGAGCCAUAGCCAACAUUGGUGAUUUAAUUGUUAAUGGUAGUAUAUUCAUUAACAAUGCAGCUAAAACAUAUGGCCGCACAAUCUACCAUGUAUUUGUAGAGAACAAGGUGUAUGUACAGGAGAUGCAAGAAUAUGUGUUCUUCAAAACUUCUUCAACUUUGUCCAUGUAUUUUUCUAAAAUUUUUGGAUCUGUUAACAAAUGGGGUCUACUUCGUGAUAUGAUAUAUGCUGAAUCAAAAGUAGGGUUUUACGAAUAUGUAUAUGCAGGCAUUAUCUGCACAGCGUCAAACGUCACUUGUAUACCAUAGCGAUGAUAGUGUUUUAAAAGUAGACAAAAAAUUUCAAUUUGAAUGUCCAGUCAACCACAAUUUGUUAUCAAAAGAGAAUCAAAUGAAUCCUUUUAUGUCAUCAUAUGGACUGUUUGUUUUGUAUUGUUUUCCUUGUGAGAAAGGCAUGUACAUUGUAGAUUAUGAAUCAUAUCAAAGUGUGGACAAAAAUGGAGCUUUAUCUGUCAAGAAGAUAAAGUGUUUAGUGUGUCCAUCAGGAGGGAAAUGUGAUUCUAGUGUUGUUAGUAAUGACAAUUUCUGGGGCGAACUAUCUAACAAAACUGUUCGAUUCUUUCCUUGUCCAUACCGAUAUUGUUGUUCAUUGUAUAACAGAAAUUGCAUCUCAUAUCACACUUGCAGUUUUAAUAGAGGUGGUAUUUUAUGUGGUACAUGUGACCAAGGUUAUUCUGAUAACAUUGUAUCAACUGCAUGUAUAAAAAAUGACAACCGUUUUACACCGUUGUUUUGGGUAAUGUUUUAUUUCAUAUAACUCAACUUCCUCUGUAUCAAGUCUGUCCUUAUAACCUCCUGCCAAGUCUUUCUCGGUCUGCCUCUGGACUUUGCCCCAGGAACUAUCAAGUCUCUACACUUUCUUACCCAAUUAUCCUCCUCCAUUCUUUCCAAGUGCCCCAGCCAAUACAAUCUUCUUAUCUGGAUAACAUCUGUAAUUCUACGGCUUAGCCUGCUUCUUAGCUCAUCUGAACUCUUUCUGUCUCUCAGACUGGCGUUGUUACACAUCCACCUAACCAUUCUCAUAUCAUUCCUUUCUAAACGGUCAAGAUCUUCCUGCUUCAGUGCCCAUGUCUCACUACCGUACAACAUAACACUUCUUACACAGGCCUCAUACAACCUACCUUUUUGCACAAGACAAUGUGGAUAAAUCCGCCUAAGUCCAGGAAUUGGAUAAAGAAGGAAUGCAUCUUUUUGCAGUUAUAGAAAAUUCUGUGAAUGCAGAGUCAGAAUCUUACAUUGAAAAUCAAACUCGUGCUUCUGGUGUGUUCAAAAUCUUGGUGUUCUUCUAUCAGAUUGAUUUUCUUAUACAAGUAAAUGCAUCUGCUAAAACAAUUAUUUCUAUCAUGGCUUAAUAAAGACAGCACUAACCCCCUUUUUUAACUUACAAUUUAGUUCAGAAUCAAAUGUCAUUCAAACGUGUGCUUUUGUUGGUAUGGGACCUGUUGGAAAGGAAAUAGUUAAAGUAGCGCUACCAUUAAGUUUGAUCGCAAUUCUUUUGUUCAUACGAUUUUCUUUUCAAAUGAUAAACUAUGUGGGUAUAGGUGAUAAAUACCGUUUAUUUAUCAAUGGUAAUAUUGAGUGCUAUCAAUGGUGGCAAUAUGGCAUCAUGGCUUUUAUAACACUAUGGCUAAUCCCGUUUCCAUUUGUGCUCUAUAUAUAGGAAAUAAACUGUUGCGCACGUGUAAAGUAACAUCUACUGGGUUUCUUUGUGGAAUACUUUUCCCACCAUGGAUGGUGGUGUGUGCUGUUAAGAACGAACACAAUCAAAGAUAUAGGGAGGCAAUGUAUUCAAGACAUAUGCUGUUUGUAAUGGAUCGAGGUUUUCGUAAAAAACCUGAAAAAAUUAAUAUGUUAUGUAGGAAUGUGCGUUAAUCUUUUGUAGGUUACUUUUGACAGUUAUUGUGAUUUUCAUUUUGGAUCCAAUCACUAAAUUAUAUGUCCUCCUUGUACCACUGUUUAUUUUUUUGACCAAUCACAUUCGAGUGUGGCCUUACAAGGAUAAAUUCUUAAACUGGUUAGAAUUUAUUUCUUUAAUGCUUUUAUGUUUUUUAUGCUCAUUGAAUUUAUUUUGGUCAUAUUUUUAUAUAUCAGACAUUACAAUAACAUCUUUAUUGUACAUCGCUGGUAAAGUUGUUUUAUUGGUUGAAUUAUGUAUACUGUCUUUACCCUUAUUCUUUGCUAUUUUAGAUAUAUGUUUUUGUUUCAGUAAAUUAUUUUUAAAAUUUUAUAAAUGUUGUAUUUCUAAACAACAAUAAAUGUAUACAAUUUUUUAUACGUUGUGAUGAGAUUUACCAUUUUUUUUCGAUUUUUUUUUAAUAAACAACGUUUUAUAAGAUAUUAAGAAAUAUAAUGACAACUCAAAACAUUUUUGUUGGGCAAUCGUAUUACAUUAAUUUGUCAAACUUUUUAUGAUGUUUUCAGGUUCUAUAUAACUUGAAUUGGUCUAUUUUUUUUUCGGCUAACAAGAUGACAAUGUGGUAUUUUGCAGACCAGAGUAUAAUAAAGUAGACAAUCAAUUUCCAGAGGUACAGAUGAAGUUGGAAAAGUCACUAUUUCAAAAAAUUACUACUAGACAGAUCUUGAGUGGAGAAUAAAAAAAAAUAGUCUGCUAAAUGCCAAAAUACAGUCUAAAUUUAACAUAACAUUUUUGUGUUUAAUUUUAUAAAAAAUUAAUUAAACAAUGGACAGAGAAAAAAAGUUAAUUUGCAAAAUAGUACGGUUUUCUAUAUUACGAUUUUCUGUUAAGGAUUCUGGCUAAGUUAGUAUCAUGAUAGUUAAGUACCAGUUUAGGUUUGUAACCGUAAUGAUAUUCCAAGGAAAUUCCAGAAAUAUUUGUUUCGACCCCACCCUUGUAACAUGUCCCAUUUUCUACAUAUGGGAUAUUUCACUUUUCCUGUUUAAUUUUAACGUAAUUACCUAAAACUGUUAGUUAGCAGUUUUCAAACACUGGUACAUAUUUUAAAAAGGUUGAACACACAAAAAAACAAUGGUAAAACAACGGUAAACUAAUUGAACCAAUUGGAGAUGUAUCAUUUUCUUUUAUAAAAUAACAGUUUUUUUCCUUAUGGUAAGUUGUAUGAAAGAAGGGGUACAAGUCCUUUUUAAGUAUACAGGUCCAUAUCUGAAUUUGCAAAAAAAUAUUAGGAGAAGUUGGUCUUUUUGCCUUUUUGUUACUAAAUCAGCUAAAUUCUGUAUUUUAAUUGCCCUUAUUUUUCUCAAUCUAGUUACUAAAAAAGUGAUAUUGUCUUGCAAAGUCAUUAUUUUGUUUCAUUAAACUUCUUUUAUAUGUAGACAUAUUUUCCUUCUUUUUUAUAGACUUCUUUUUUAUAGUUUACAAGCGUUUGUGUGUUUUACAGUUAUUUAUGAUUAUUCUUUUAUAUACAUGUUAUGGAUUUCAUGUGUUUUAACUUGUUUACAAAAUAAUUAGUAUAAUUGUAAACAACAACACUAAUAACAACAUUAUUACAUUCCAUAUAUUCAAAUUUCAACCUUUAAAGAAGAAAUAAAUGCGGAAGGAAAUAAUAAUGCAGAAUUAAUGUUUGCGAACUGCGUUGUAUUUGCAUUUUUUAAUUCGUAUUAUACCUUGUUUUCAACUCGAUUACAAUUUUCCUGUAAAUUCACCAUAAAAUACACUUUAGAUAUAUUUUACAACGAAAACUUUGUGUAGAAAAAUUUUGGGUGAGAAAAGUCGAGUUUGCUGGCAGUUAAAUCUGUUAUUUAUAAGCAUUGGAACAAAAUUCUUCGAGGUUUUUGAAGAGGGCUUAAAAGCAUAGAGGAUUUGUGAUAGUUUUGUGAAAAUUAUGUCAUCAACUUGACAAAAACCCUGAAAUUUUCCUUUAUUUAUAGAAGAUAAAUUAGCAGGCCUAUCUUUUGUAAUAGUGAAUGUAUUAUCAACUUUUUAAUAAUUUUCAAUGACUUUGUGUACAUUCAUUCUCAAUUUUCUAUUCCGCAUUGUGCGCGAUUCUUGUGCAAAGCCGCUAUUGCCAUGUACUCGAGAAUAAGGAAAGCUAUCCUACGAGAGUCCUGUGUUGAAUAAUAAUAACACUGCAUAUUAUCAUUAAUUUUCUUUUAUAUUUAUAUUUAGAGUUAUUUGUAACCAUGGAAACGAUUGUGCAUAUAACUAAAUUUGUAAAUUUGUGAUAUAUAUUUUAAAUUGAGUGCAUGACACCAAAAACAUCGUAGCUUGUAGUUUUUUUUCAAAGUCUAUACUUUGAUCCAAUAUAUGAUAAUCGCAGAUAAUUGCAAUGAAAACAUUCUGAUCUAACAAUACAGGAGAGAAAGUUCUGGAAACAAAAACCUUUUGUUUGAACUAAAAGUUCCUAUUCCAAGAAAAAUAUUUCGGAUUUGUACACCUUCUUCUUGAUGGCUUUUUUUGAACAGUAGUUUGAGGUAUUUAAGAGAGUUGUGGUAUAGUUAAAAUUCUUAACUUCGAUGUCUAGUCAGUGAUAUAAGAAAUUGAGUCAUGUUGUGAUGUUCAGGAUGUUGGAUAUUCAAGUAAAUCAAAAUGGAAGAUUUUAUCAAGUCACUAUCCGCAGAACUUACCCAGCGAAAUUACGAAUUACAAAUGCAUUUCUGGUAGUUGCUUUAUGUUGGUUUCAGAUACCGUUCAUUCUUUUGAUGCUGUUCAUCAUUUUGAUAUUGUUAUUAUUGACGCAAUAUGUGGUUGAAGAACGUCUGUUGUGUGUUAACAACUUGGGAAUUCAAUAUACGUCAUGUAAUUUGUUUGGAACAUCGAGACAGGAAUGGAUAUCCAGUGAAAACAUCGUUGAAGUAAUUAUUAACGAAGUUAUGAAACAGCAAUACUUCAAAUAUAUCAUCCAAGUUAUUUAUAUGAAUGGCGGAAGAAUGAAAAUUAAAGCUCUUUUUAAGCAUAUUGAACCGAGUUUUAACAUGCUAGUAGAGAUUCAACGAACUUGUCAAAUGCUAUUAACAGAUGAACGAGAUAUCUGUACCAAAAACAAUCGGAAUAAUGAAGUUAAAUUUGUUAAGCAAACUCGAUAUAACCUACGCAUGCGCAAACGAUAAAA